AAAUAAGUGGCUGGAAAAGCUUAUCUUGGAGGAAUUUAACAUGGCACGGAGAAGAUUUGAUUGCCGAAGUAUUUCAGGCAUGCUAACAACAACUCCUCAAACUCCAAUCAGAAUGGAAAACUUUAAUAACUUCUAUACACUUACAUCUAAAGAGCUCGGAAGAGGAAAAUUUGCUGUGGUUAGACAAUGUAUAUCAAAAUCUACUGGCCAAGAGUACGCUGCAAAAUUUCUCAAAAAGAGAAGACGAGGGCAAGAUUGUCGAGCAGAAAUUCUGCAUGAGAUUGCUGUGCUUGAACUGGCAAAGUCUUGUCCCCAUGUGAUUAAUCUCCAUGAGGUCUAUGAAAAUACAAGCGAGAUCAUUUUGAUACUGGAAUAUGCUGCAGGUGGAGAAAUUUUCAACCUUUGUUUACCGGAGCUGGCUGAAAUGGUCUCUGAGAAUGACAUUAUCAGACUCAUUAAACAAAUACUUGAAGGAGUUUGUUAUCUACAUCAGAAUAACAUUGUACACCUUGAUUUAAAGCCACAGAAUAUAUUAUUAAGCAGUAUAUAUCCUCUUGGAGACAUAAAAAUUGUAGAUUUUGGAAUGUCUCGAAAAAUUGGGAAUGCGUGUGAACUUCGGGAGAUCAUGGGAACGCCAGAAUACCUAGCUCCAGAAAUCCUGAACUAUGAUCCCAUCACCACAGCAACAGAUAUGUGGAAUAUUGGUAUAAUUGCUUAUAUGUUGCUAACUCAUACAUCACCAUUUUUGGGAGAAGAUAAUCAAGAAACAUAUCUUAAUAUUUCUCAAGUUAAUGUAGAUUAUUCUGAAGAAACUUUUUCAUCAGUUUCACAGCUGGCCACAGACUUCAUCCAGAGCCUUCUAGUUAAAAAUCCAGAGAAAAGACCCACAGCGGAAACCUGCCUUGCUCACUCUUGGCUGCAACAGUGGGACUUUGGAAGCUUGUUUCACCCUGAGGAAACUUCCAGUCCCUCUCCCAUUCAGGAUCAUCCAACGAGGUCCUCUGAAGAUAAGACUUCCAAGUCCUCUUGUCAUGGGACCUGUGCUGACCGGGAAGACAAAGAGAACAUCCCAGAGGAUGGCAGCAUGGUUUCCAAAAGAUUUCGCUUCGAUGACUCUUUGCCCAACCCCCAUGAACUCGUUUCCGAUUUGCUGUGUUAGCACUUUUCUCUCUGACUCAUUUGGACCGACUUUGAAAUUUUAAAUCCACUCCAAUGAGAUUGUGGGUUGCAGCUUCAUAUGUGAUUGUUUAUAUUGUAAAUGCACUUUUGCAUAGAAAAAUUUAAGGAAGUGUUUUAAUGCAAAAUUUCUAGUGCUAGCAUAAUAUUAUUUCUUGUCUUGAGAUAGCUCCAUAGAGAAAAAUUAUUUAAAUAUAUGACAAAAAUUAAAAUUAUACAUGUGAGUUCACAUGUUAAUGAAUAAAUUCAAGUUCAGAAGAACUUAAAAAAUGUUUUACGUAUCAGAAAAAAAGUAGUUUGAGUUACAUUAUGGUUGUAAGCGGAACGAAAUGAGAACAUUUGGACUAAGUUCUGUCCCUAAGGCGAGCCCUAUGCACUGACUCUGCUGACUUAAUCUGUUUAGGAAAACAGUAUCUGUUUUAAGCCAAAUAUAUACUACUUUAUCGAUAUUGUACGUGAUUUUCUGUAUGAAAGAGAUCCUUUACCCAGAGGGAGCCGAAAGAUGGAUAGAGAUUUCUCUGAACAGUGUGGCAUAUCUUCAUUUUUAACUCCGCUGUCUCUGGCCUGUUCUCCAUGUGCUUGAGAUCUAAUGAGGUCUGGAAGAUGGAGAAUGUAAGGUACGCAAGCACCUCUGUAGUUUCUCCAGCCUCUGGGAUUUCUAGAGGAGAAGACACUCAGGUGAAACUAAACAUGAUGGAUUUUUAGCCAGAUGGAUCAAUUGAGCAUAAAAGAAAAUGGUGACAGACUCAGCAGCUUAUUCAGUUUUAGAUCUUUCCUAAGGCUUAGAAUAUAAGACCAUCAUUUAGAGCUCUAAAGUGUACAUAAAAAGUCCACAAUGCCAGUGUCCACAGCAGCAAGGCCGACCUGACAGGAGAAGUUCUUGGUGCGUGUGAAGGCCAAGCCUGAAGCUCUCCACAGGAGCCUUUAGCGGGCCCUUUGCGGGAAGCAGCACAAGUGGACUUGGCGAGAGCAGUGGGCCUGGGCUGUGGCCGGUCACUAGUUCAGGCCCAAUUGGGCAGUCUUUGAUGGUUUUCUACCUGGUGAUCAUUAAAAAGUUCAUUGCAAUAUGAUGUAAAGGUGACUGUGACCUCAUGACCGCAUGAUUAUGUCCAACUUCAUGUUAUACGUUAACAGAAAAGGCAGCCUCAGAUUUCCCUACGAGUUAGAUAUUACUCUAUAGACCUGUGCAUUAUGGAAAUUUUGAUGACUUCAAAUUUUUCAGAUAACCAUGGAUUAUUUUGACUAAAUGGAAAAUUCUUUUAAUGCCUUCAGCACAGAGGAGAAGUUGCUUCUUCUGUGUGCAGGCACAUUUGUGUAUAUGUAUAUGUGUAUGUAUAUAUGUACAGAUAGACGAAUACAGUCUUUAAACGAUUUUCUCUUAGGCAGUCUUUGUUCCACUAUAUUGUGCUCAACUCAGGUGCCAAAGGAGCUCUCUUUGUGAAUAAGAAAUGUACAAACAGGUUUUUUAAGAAGUGCUUUGUUGGUUCAGUAGACACUGCGGAUACUAACGUUGAGCUCCGUAUGUCUACAACUGAUGAGUUCUUUCUCAAUUUUUCAUUAUUUGCCUUCAGUAUUAAGUAACGCAGGUAAAGCUUAGCAGGUCAUUGGAGAAUGAGGGAAAGAUUACUUUUCUAAUAAAUUUUUAAAUUUUUACAGGAAUUAUGUCAUAGCAAACAAAAAUGAAGAAUGAUUAAAUUUUGAAAUAUAAGCUACUUAAAAAUCAUUUUAUAGUCACUUUUUAUUCCUCUGAGGAAUCUUAAAACAGUUUACAUGUUUCCCCUUAGUUAAUGGAAUACAGAAUUGUAUAAAUUUCCACAGAAGUAACAUUGUUUUGUU